AGUUUAGCUAUCUUAUUACAAUAGUGGUAUGUUACUAAUGUUCAAUUUCUCAUCGGUAUCCUUUGUUUGAGCAACUGACAGUUCCUGUCAAUUUUAUUGUUCAGCGUUCUGGACUCACCGUAUACAUAUUUAUGAUAGUCAUUGGUACUAGAACAUAACCUAGGAUCUUGGGCUUCACCAUCGGCUUAGUGUGAAAAACAUUUGCAUAGGUCCUAAACGAACUUUGGGCUUGAGACGAACUUCAAUUGUCAUCCAAAACUUGUUAUCUAAAGUUGCAGUGAAGAGUAUGUCUGUGUUAAAUCAAAGUGGAGAAGAUGCGGUGGAGUGCCCCUUGUGCAUGGAACCUUUGGAGGUUGACGAUCUAAACUUCUAUCCCUGCACUUGUGGUUAUCAAAUUUGCCGCUUCUGUUGGCACAGAAUUCGCACCGAUGAAAAUGGGCUUUGCCCUGCUUGUCGGAAAGCCUAUCCUGAAAAUCCUGCUGACUUCAAGCCCCUAACCAAGGAAGAAAUUGCAAGGUUGAAAGCAGAGAAAAGACUGAAGGACCAACAGCGAAAGCAACGAGUAACUGAGAAUAGAAAACAUCUGGCAAACGUUCGUGUCGUACAAAAAAAUCUAGUAUUUGUUGUAGGCUUGCCAAUGCGACUGGCAGAUGCUGAUGUUCUCAAGCGACAUGAGUAUUUUGGCAAGUUCGGGAAAAUUCAUAAAGUUGUCAUUAAUCAAAGCACCUCCUAUGCAGGGUCUCAAGGUCCUAGUGCAUCGGCGUAUGUCACGUAUCAGCGGCAAGAGGAUGCACUGCGUGCAAUAGAAGCAGUGAAUAACAUAUUGGUUGAUGGACGGACGGUUAAAACGUCGUUAGGAACCACGAAGUACUGUUCACAUUUUAUGCGUAAUCAAGCAUGUCCGAAACCCGAUUGUAUGUACCUCCAUGACUUUGGCGAUCAAGAAGCAUCGUUUACAAAGGAAGAAAUGCAUCUAGGCAAGCACCAGGAGUAUGAGCGUAAACUUGUACAGUCACUACACGCUCAUGCAUCUGCGUUACAACGAAAACCAACGCCAUCGCCACCAGUGACAGGUAGCACAGUUCGGGAAAAUGGUACGGCGAAUCCACAAACAAAAGAGGCAUGGCCAUCGUUACAACCUGGACAGACUAAUAGUACACAAACAAAUAGUAAAGAACCGUCUCCAGCAAUAAAUACGCUGGUGCAGCAGUCCAAUGGCACAAACGGAAGUGCGAGUCUACAGAACCACACAGCUGCGACAAUAAAUCAACAAAAUAAUAACAAUAAGGGUGAAGGAGGUCUGAGUCGCAGAGGCAAAAGUAAUAGCGAAAGUAAGGCACAGGCCGCACGCAACAAACAUAAAAACUCACAGAACAAGGAAAAACAUGGAGUUCGGACAACUUCUCGAUCUGAAUCAAAUUCAACAAAUGGUCAAACUAGUUUACAGAUGUCGAGUUCUUUGCAAACAGAGUCUCGGAAUUCUUCAAUCGAUUCAGUUGAUGAAAACACACAGAAACCGAAUACUAGGAGUCAAAUGGAUCAACACAAUACACAAGUUAAAGAUCAAAACCCAUCAGAAUUCCAGAACGACGAAGCAAAAAUCAAUGGAGUUUUAGAGAAUGGCGAAAUGAGUCAAUCUGAAAGCGAUAGUGAUCCACCAAGAGAAGGUAGUACACCAGCCAGUAUAGUUUCCAGCACCGAAGAAUCUACCCAUCACAAUACUGGGUUGGUGGAUUCCGAAGAAAUGGGCAAUGUAGCUGUGUUAGGUACUUCUCCAGCAAGCACUACUUCAUCCCAAGGCCUCUCGCAACAACUACCACCUGGUCUACAUGUGCAUAAUGGUGCAUCCCAAAUACAACUGAAUCAUCGGUCCAUCUUCCAAACGGACAACAACAGCUUUUUUAGUUCGAAUACCUUUCAGAAAGUAUCAUCAACCGUUUCCACACCACCCACGUCACAAACUGGCAGCACAAGUUUGGAUUGGAUGAGUACAGGAUUGGUAUCUAUACCUGACUCCUUACCUACGGUACACUCUAGCGAAGAUUGGCAAGCUGCUUUUGGAUUCCAACCUGAAGCUUCUCAAGCAAAUUCCGCAACCCAUAAGCCAAGUCCAUCGACUUCACCAAGUAUCUCAUUCAAUCCUGAGGAAUAUAUGGAUGGGGAGAUCUACGCUAACUCAAGAUGUGCUGCUCUGGCAGAAAAUGCCACUUCGUUUGCAUCCAGUUUUCUGACGGACUCACCAGCAUCUAAAUUUAUGGCUGAUUUUCAACAAAAUUCGCUGCGUCAAAGGCUUGUGAUGCAGGCUCAACAAAAUCAGGAGAAUUGUGAUUAUAUUAAACAAAAUGGUCAAGCCACGUUGGACGAGCUACACAAACAUCACAGUGAAGUUAGUACAGAGAUAAAGGCUGAUGAUGACUUAGGCUUUGAUCCUUUUCACGAAACUCAGAAAGCAUUAGCUGAAUUAAUGGAAAAUGAGAUGCAGCUGCAACAACAGAGACUCUUUCAGCAACAACAACAACAGCAAAGGGAUCGGGAAAAACAAAGCAGAGUACAACAACAAGGUCUUACAGGUUUAGGACCCCAACAUUUUCCACAGGUGGCACACAUUGCUCAUUUGCAUCAACAGGCACAACACAUCCAGAAUCUUCAGGCAUUACAAUCACAUUCCCUGUUAUCGCGACUCCCAUCAAAUUUGAUACCUCCUAGUGGUAGUCAGAGCCCUGUGCCGACGACAGCAACACCGACCAAUCUCGGACAACGUAGUCGUCUACCACCUCCAGGCUUUCCAGGUUCGGCUCCAAAUCACAUGAACUCCUUUGGUUUGGGUAUUCCGCGACCAGCAUCGACAAACAAUGCUCUUUCCGAGUUGCUUAUGUCUGCAGGUAGUAAGAUACUGCCUUUUAUGAGUCACUCAUCCGGGGUGCUGUACAAUGGAGCCCAACCUCCACCACAGAACACUUUUUUACCAAAUGGUGCCCCACUCCUCCGUUCACAAGGUGUUGGUAAGUGCGCUGGCGAUGCUGUAUAUAGUUUGAAAGAUUGGUGUGAAAUCGGCAGUUCGCAGCAGCAAUAUCACCAACAGGCUUUACAUCAAAAAGGAGGUUGGAAUAAUAUCGGACCAAUUGCUGACUGGACUUCAAUAGACCCAGCAAUCGUCAGUUCAUCUAGACCAGUUCCCUUCCAGGCUACAGCUACCUGGCAGUUCCCUCAUGUUCACUCUCCACAUGCAGCCUCUCAUGCAACACAACAGGAGCCGAAUCCUCCUCAACACUGGGCAAUGCAACCUCCACCUGGUUUUACUGCACCAUCAUCUAGUACGCAGCAUAAUAACCAACAGCCAAGUUCAGCCACACAGUCGCACUCCAAGCUCAUCUCUGCUGGAUCUGAGGUCGAAAACUUGUAAACAUCUUGUGAACUGGCCGACAAACCAAAACCCUACGAUAUCCAGCAAAAAACAUCAGAGUGUAAAGUAGCAGCCUGCAUUGGUGAUGUACAUUUUCUAACUUACGUCUAUAUCUCUUUCCCAAGAACAUUUGAUUUGCUUUCAUGCUAUAAAAAGGGUUUGAUGAAUUGAAGUGCGUUCCCAGCGAGUCUUCUGGUUUAUAAUACAUACGUUGGUAGUAUUCUGCUGAUACAAGUAAAACACAUUAGAAGUCAAUUUUACGCCCAAGUUCUUCUGUAUUCUAUAGUGUAUUUAUAAUAAAAUUUUAACAUGGGAAUGUCGUUGAUUAUAAAAUAAGUGCUAUAUUCAAAUGAUGACUGCACUAAACACUAUAAGCAAAAUUAUCGUUUUAAUACGACACUCCCGCACGAGAUAAAGACAAGAGAAUUCCUUUGAGUACGAACUUACAUCCAUAGGUGAAUGAAGAUUGUAAUGAGAAGUGAAACAUUAAGCUCAAUCAUUGUUUUUUUAAUUAAAAUAUCAAUUCACUGCACGCUUGAUUUGAACCAACAAAUAGCUAAAUUAGCGACCAUAGGAAUUCAGAUCAUUGUUCAAUUUUUCUCUGUAUAAUGUAUGAACCUCCUACGAGAAACGUCACAAAAGUAUUGGCGACAAUGUUAUCAGCUCAUCUUAUAACGUUGAACAUAGAAUAACUUCCUUUUUUAUGGAUUUUUGAAGCAAUAUCCUUAGGCUUCCAACGUGACUACUUGUUAUCUGUUAGAUUUCAGUUGGAAAACGCAAUGUUCAUAUUAUAGAUUCAGAUAUUUUUUUUCACCCUGACAUUUAAGGCAACCAAUUAAUAUUGCAGUGCUUUUGUAAUUUGCAUGACCAACAAGGUUACAUUUUUGACUGUUAUUUUCCGUAGUUGCAUACCAAAUGGAGCAUCGAAAUCAACAAUUAGUAGCAUUAAAAGUAAAUUUUAAUAUUAAGUACAGCUACAUAUCAGAUGCUGUUUCAGCAGGGAAAAGAUAUAGACGGCUGUAUAUGGGUUUUGUCAGGUAUGGGGAUAGUAUGUAUUUAUACAGCAUAUGUAUAUGGACAUACCUAUAUGUAUACUGUAUAUUCAUGUACAGAAUAUCUAGAAUUUAAAUUACAAUAUUAAGACAUUGUAAAUUGAGUAACACAGGGCAGUAGCGAAUGAUUACAAGAAAAAAGUAUUUACUCUAUAUUACUUGGUGCCAUAGAUAUAGAAUCGACAGUGGCUCAAACUCACACAUUGCUUGGAAGUUACAAUACGAUUUUGAAUAAUUUAAACAUUACUUUUAGAAAAAUUUUAGCCCCCGAUGAAGGGGCAGGAUUAAUGAUCACAUCACAAUCAGAAUUCUGGUACCAUUCGGAUUAAACUUUCUUCCCUGUGUUAAACUCUUAGACAAAGCGUACUGUGCAUGAGAUGAGGGGUCGGAUUGCAAGCAAGUUGGAUAUUCUGAACGUUAAGGGCAGAAAAACACAAUUUGUAUUCACGAAGUGCAAUUUUCAUUUUGAUUUGCGCUAUUUGAAAUUUGCAGGCUGGACGUUAAGGACAGUUGUGCAGUAUUGAAAGUUAGCGAACUAAACAUGAAGACUUCUUGGAAGCAUGGUAUUAAACCGACCUAGAAAGAAAAUGCGUGCUUUGACAUGUAAAGAUUGGACAAGCUGCCAACACUUUUUUUUUUAAUUAAAAGAAGGUACGGCACAGUCACCAAUUUGUAUAAAAUGAUUGAAAUAAAAUAAUAAAAGGCGGUGUCUAAUUAUUAAUAAUAUUAUAUAAACUGAAACUACAAAAAUAUUAAAUGAGCGCUCGAGCGAUUCUGACGGUUAACGUCAGGUCGCUGAAAAAUAGACACGCAAUUGUGAAUGAAUGAAAAAGGAUUAAAAUAUGAUUAUAACGAAUUUAUUGAUUGAUUUGAGGUAAUCGAAAAAUAUACGAUAUGCGAGAGCAAAAAAUAAAUCGA